AUGUCUCUCAACUGGGUGAUGCUCAACGAUCAGGAUGGCUUUGUUCGCCUUCCCAACGAGCGCCUGGUUUAUUCCUCACCUCCCCGCACCAGCCUGGCGCUGACACCGCCCUCUGGCUACAAAGGCAAAGAGACCUUGUCUGUACAGAGCAGCGCAGGCUGUAUUCAUCUCACAAAUCAAAGGGUUGUCUACCUGCCCGCCCAGAGAUCCGAUGACUUCCAAUCCUUUUCUUCCCCUUUACUCAACGUCCGCGACUCCCAUGUUUCCGCUCCGUUCUUCGGCCCCAAUGUCUGGACUGCGCUCGUACAGCCCGUCGCGGGAGGCGGUAUCUCCCCGUCCUUACCCGCCGUCCAAAUCAAGGUGACCUUCAAAGAAGGCGGGGCCUUCGACUUUCACACCAACUUUGAGCGAAUAAGGGAGCGGUUGGAACAGGCCGUGGAGAAUGUGAGCGAUGGGGCACGUGGAAUGCGCGGCGUGGACCUCUCUUCAGUGCACCUCGAGGAGUUGCCGGCGUACGAAGGUCAUGGAAAUACAGGACCACCACCUCCGGUCGCUAGCGGGGCUCCGACAGCGCCGCAGCACACUCGACAGGUAUCAGAGGCAGGGCCUGAACCAGCGGAACCGCCACCUUGUUAUGAAGAGGUGCAGUCGCAGAGCGUGGCCCAGGAGUUGGAAGAGAGGUUACGGCGGGCCAGUUAA